AUGCAGCCCUCGGCACUCACUCCUCCCUCAUUCAACGCCCUCUUUCUUUCAUUCCCACAGUCCACAGAUCUUCUCUACCUUCCAUUCGUUGAAGAACAACUUAUGUACCUUCUUAUUUUUGUUAGCUUCGCAUCACUUGUUGCAUGUGGCGAUUUGACAACUCGAAGAGCGAUUGAGAAACGCGGACGACAAAUUAAUUUAAAAUGCAUUGAAAACAGGCAACAGCUACAGAAAUGCUCCAAUCGUGUUGCCGUCGAUGAAGCGUGGAAUCUGUUUGAACAUGCUAAUGAAAAUUAUUCCAUGGGCCUGGAUUCAUGCAAGGAAGCUCAACGCGAGAAGCGAGACUGUAAAUGUAUCUGGCAAGAAACUAUUCAUAAACCGCAUCAUCGUGGCAAAUUGACUAGGAUUCAGGAAGCUAAGUUUGACAGACAGGAAAUAACCGAUACGGAAAAGGUUCGUGGACGACGUCAUGAUUACGGAAGCAACGAUGAUAAAAAAGAUGAGGAGGAAAUGCCAGAAGCAAAGGAUUACUCGAAGGAUUUUACGCGAUCGAGAAGAUAUACAUGUUUGGAAGAUGCAAACAGAGAAAAGACGAGACUAUUCGAAAAAUUUGCAAGUCUAUGUGACAAAAAAACUGUGUAA